AUGCCUAGGACUAGGAGUCAAGGUAUCGGGGAGGACGAGCCAGCCGCCAUGGAACAUAGGAAGCAGCAAUUAGGCGCGAUACCGCCGCGCGUCUUCGAGGAACCGCCGCAGUCGCCGUCCGAACUCGCCGCGAGCGUUAUCCCGAACGAUCCCCCGGGGGACGAUAGUAGUCUCCAGACUAAUCAAGUAGGCAAUGUCGAAUCCUCUAGGCCCGCACCGCCGUUGAGUAAUGUUCACGCCGCCGCGACUUUAGCACGCGUAACGGAAUCGCGUCCCGCCGCGUGUAGGGUAGGGAGUACUUCCGCUCGUUCGCGUGUCUCGGCGUCUAGCUCGGCCGCGCGCGCUAGAGCCGAGCUAGAAGCGGAGUUAGAAGACAUGAACGUUAGGCGUAGACAUUUAGACUUGCAGGCCGCGCUCAUUCAGGAAAGGCUCGCCGCGCAGGCCACACGUGAAGAAGCUGACGCUAGCGAGCGUGAGAGCGUCGUUGAGAAUCCGUUUGAGACUACGGUACGGAUCAACGAAUGGCUAGAUAAACGCGAUCGAGCUAGGCAGCAGGUAGAACUACCCCCUCCGUUAACCUCACGCGAUCCGCGAGGCGAACGAGGGGAGGGCGCCCGAGAGGCUCUUCCGCGUGUCUAUGCGAACCAUAGAACGGAACGGGGGGAGUACAGGCGCGAGCAACGUUAUUAUCGCUCACCGUCGCCGCGAGAAGAUAGGCGCGAACGCCGCUAUUAUCGCUCACCGUCGCCGCGAGAGGACAGGCGCGAACGCCGCUAUUAUCGCUCACCGUCACCGCGAGAGGAUAGGCGCGAACGCCGCUAUUAUCGCUCGCCGUCGCCGCGAGAUAGAUACGAACGCCGUCGUCAGCGCUCUCAGUCGCCGCGUGACCACAGGUAUGAGCGGCGCCACUCGCCGAAAUCGCCGCCGCGAGUAACGAAAGGUAGGGGCGUUGAUAGGUUGGUAGACGCGUUAGAGAAAAUGGCAAUGUUUCGCCCACCGCCGCGACAGGCGCAGGAAUUGCCAAUUUUCACCGGAGCCUACACGGAUUGGCUCCCGUUUAAGCGCGCGAUGAUAGACUCGACCCGUAUGUACAAGUUCUCAGACGCGGAGAAUUUGGCGCGCUUACGAGUCAGCCUGAAGGGAGAAGCGAAAGAAGCAGUCGCUGCGCUCCUGUACACGGCUUCGAAUCCGUCCGUAAUUAUGGAUACGUUAGAGCAAUGUUUCGGUAAGCCGGAACUCAUAGUGGAACGCACCGUUAGCGAGCUUAGGCGUUUGCCGCGACCCGACGGAACGGCAACGGGUUUAAACAGCUUCGCCGUUAAGGUGCAGAAUGUCGCCUGCGUAUUAGGGAACUUAGCCCACUGGCACUUGUAUGAUUCCACGCUAGUACGCGACUUAGUAGAAAAGCUCGACACGUACCGGCAGACCAAGUGGUGCGAGUACGCGGACGAACACCGAAUGGAAACCGAACCCGAGAUCGUCAAGCUAUCGCGGUUUCUAAUGCGCGAAGGGGACCUGGCGAUUCGGUAUUUACACUCGGCCGCAAAAGAAACAGCGCCAGGGAGGCACGACCCUAAGCCCCGCCCACCGCGUACGCGCCGCCCCGAACGUAAGAACGUGUACAACGCCACCGCGGAAAACAAGGAGCCAAGGAAAUCGGUUUGCCUUUGUUGCGGCGGCAAUCACUCGGUCCCGCGGUGUUGGAAGUUCUCAGCCAUGACAGUGGAGGACCGUUGGAAGUGGGCCAAGGAGGCGUACGUGUGCUUCAAGUGCCUAGUGGAGAAACAUCGCCGCUUCAACUGUAAGGCAAAGUCGUGCGGAGUCGACGGCUGUGACUCCCCGCACCACGCUUUGUUGCACACGCAGCGUAAGCCGGUUUCGAAACCCGAGACACCGAAGGUCGAGACGGUUCUUAACACAUCGGUGUUGGUAAAGGAAAACAGCGGAUCGGUCUUGCUGAAGGUGUGUCCAGUUAGCGUGAUAGGGCCUAACGGGCAACGCGCAAAUACGUACGCUCUACUUGACGAGGGAUCGACCGUCACUUUGAUAGACGCGGAAAUAGCGGACCGCGUAGGGGCCGACGGGCCCACGCGAAAACUACGUAUUCACGGACUAGGGUCUAGUCAGAGCGAACCGACUAGUAAGGCCGUAGAGUUAAGUAUAUGUGGAAAAUCGGGUGAAAGUCACAAAGUUAUUGCGCGAACCGUACAUAACUUGAAAUUAGCGAGACAGACUAUAGACUCGUCGUGCUUGGAAUACGCGCACUUACGAGGUCUCGAUAGGUCGGAAGUUUGCUAUAAUAACGUGAAACCAGGCAUCUUGGUAGGGGCCGAUAACUGGCACUUGAUCGUGUCGCGUCAGUUGUUGGUAGGAGGGCGCCGCGAACCGGUCGCUUCCCUCACGAGCUUGGGCUGGACGGUACACGGAACGGUACCGAAAGUUAUUAACUCGACCGCGAACGAAAACGUCUUUCAUGCAUAUACGUACCGAGCGGACAUAUCGCGCACUUGUAACAAUCUCGACGAACGGCUCGAGGAUCGUAUGAAACGACACUUCGCUAUAGACAGUAUAGGAAUUUCAAAAGUAGCGAAGCCGUCGCGCAGCGAAGAAAGAGCGCUCGACAUAUUCACGCGAACCGCGAAGCGAAUAGGCCACCAGUUCGAGGUAGGACUGCCGUGGAAAGACGACGUAGUUGUCAUGCCGCCGAGCUACGAUAUGGCGCUCCGCAGGCUGCGAACGAUCGAACGGAAAAUGGACGCGUCGCCGGAAUUUAAACACGAAUACAAAGCGCAGGUGCAGAACCUUUUAGACAAGGGGUAUGCGGAGCCGUGUCAGGGAAACGAAGCGGACAGCCCGAUCGGUUGGUACCUUCCGCAUUUCGCCGUGCGGAAUGUAAAUAAGCCGGGCAAAUUGCGCUUAGUACACGACGCCGCCGCCACUGUUAACGGCACUUGCUUGAACGACAAGCUCUUAGACGGGCCCGACUUGUUACGAUCGUUGCCGGGCGUAUUAUUCCGUUUUAGGGAACGCGACGUAGCCGUAUCGGAGGACAUACGCGAGAUGUUCAUGCGUAUUAAGAUACGCAAAGCCGAUCAGCCCGCCCAAAUGUUCCUAUGGAGAGGAGACGAUAGAACGAAACCGCCCACUCGUUAUAAAAUGACUUCGAUGAUAUUCGGUGCUCGAAGUUCCCCGUUCCUGGCGCAUAGCGUUAGAAACUUAAACGCUAAGGAACACGCGCAAUUUUAUCCCGUAGCGUUCGACGCGAUCACAUCGAAUCAUUAUAUGGACGAUUGGGUGGACAGCUACGAGAACGAAGCUAAGGCCGUGCAAGCAGUCGCCGAAGUAGUGACGGUGCAAGCGAGGGCAGGAUUCCAGCUAGCGGGCUGGAACUCGAAUAGCGAGCUCGUGUUAGAACACGUACCGGUAGAAGCUAGGGCCCGCGCGGCCAAGGAAUUAGGCGGAAGCGACCCUCACGGAGCGGGGAAAACGUUAGGGCUGUUAUGGGAGGCCUCAAGUGACGAACUUCGCUUCAACACGGCCAUGAAUAGGGUGCCGCGAGAGGUACGAUCGCUGAAAAGAGGACCUACUAAGCGCGAGGCCCUCAGCGCAGUCAUGUCAAUUUUCGACCCUCUAGGCUUACUUAGCUAUUUUACGAUCAGGGCGAAAAUAGUACUGCAAAACGUAUGGAGGUCUAACGUAGGUUGGGAUGACGUUUUGCCCGAGACGGAGAAUCGCGAAUUUUUAGAUUGGCUACGUGAUAUGGACUCGGUAGCCGACUUACGGUUAGAUCGAAAGUACGGUUUUAACAAGGACACGACGAAUGCGCAGUUACACGUGUUCAGCGACGCCAGUGAGUUAGCAUACGCGACGGCCGCGUACUGGCGUAUAACGUAUAGGAAUGGAGAGGUCAAGGUCACCCUCGCCGCGGCGAAGGCCAAGGUGACCCCGAUUCGCGCGCCAAGUAUCCCACGUUUAGAACUACAAGCGAACCUUGUAGGCGCGCGUCUGGCCGAUUCCAUACUACGGGAACACCGCGUACCCAUCGAUAGAGUGAUAUUCUGGUCGGAUUCGAAAACCGCACUUCACUGGAUAAGGAACGAUAAGCCGCGUUAUACUCCUUACGUAGCGCACAGAUUGAGCGAUAUCUCUGAGCUUACCCGUGUCGACCAAUGGAGAUGGGUGCCGACCGCGGAUAACGUAGCGGACGACGCGACGCGAAUAAGUACCGAUAUGAAAACUAGCCGCGAUAGAUGGUUCAUAGGGCCCGCGUUCUUGUACGAAUCGGAACGUGUGAGAAUGCAGAUAGACGACAAUGGCGAGCGGCGCAAGCGUUGGCAGAUAGUUUCUGGCGCAGAUGGGUUAGGGAGUAUUUACCGCAACUCAUUCCUCGCGGGUCACCCUCCGAUUCAAGCAGGAAUCUCACCGUCGGAGAUUUAG